AUGCUUCUAGUGAGCGAUGACGUCAUCCUUCCACGAAUUCAACCGCGUCACGACAUCGUCUAUUUGCCGUUUUCGAGUGGUAUUCACGGCAAACGCGAAGGAAUUCUCACCACACAUUACGUAAUGAACGCCAAGACUGUGAUCUCUUUCAACUCCAACUCCUACAUACAUCCCGAACGUGGCGAAUAUACAGUAGCCAUGAUGCCGUUUCAUCGUCAACUCGGACUUGAAGCGAUAUUCAUCUCAUUGUUGGCGGGAGCUACAGUAGUUACCGUAUCCAACUUUUGUGUACACACCCUUAUGACAUGUAUAGACCGAUUUAAGGUAUGUAACUUUUUCCUACCUUAUUUAUAUUGGAGGUCGCGUUUCGCAUUGAGUGACUCUAAUUAA